AUGUUAUUACACUUAAUAUCACUCCUUUCAAUAUUGUCAUGGGCUCUGGCUGCUGGUCUACUUAAAAGAAAUGCUAACUUAUGGGCAGUUGCUGCAAGCGUUCCUCGAAACCUACUUGGAUAUUACACUUUCGAUGGAACAACUUACUUAGCAGUAGUAGGAAAUUACAAAGACAAAUUCAAUAUUGAUUCCGACACAGGCGCUCUUUACGGUAACGAUGGUAGAUUUGCUGUUUUUCUGGAACCCUAUUUCUUAACUUUUGCUGAUACUCCUGGUGAAACACAAUUUCAACUAAACCAAUCGGAAGAUACUAUCGAGUUUACUAAUACAGAAAGAGAUUUAUUUGUAUGUAGUAUAAGUUCCACGGGAACACCCGUAAUUACUAACGUUAAUACCGGUGGAUGUGUACUUGUCAAAUUGGUCGCAGUUAUCCCCGACCUUAUUGGUUUUCUCAGGAAUAACACUAAACUAUAUGCAAAAGGUGCAGACAUCGAUGUGCAACUUGGAUAUUACACUUUCAAUGGUACCACAUACUUAGCAGCAACCGAAAAUUCCCAAGAAACAUUCAAUAUAGAUUCAGAUACUUACGGUCUAUACGGUAACGAUGAAAAAUUCUUGGUUCUACUGGACAGCAAUUACUUCACUUUGGUUGAUUCUCCUGGCACCUUAAGAUUUGACCCAUGGUACGUAGGAGGUGUUGUUGAAAUCAGAUAUACAGCAACUGCCCUCUUUUUAUGCGAGUCAACUACCUUAGGAGCAACUGUACUUGUUUCCAAUUCUACCGGUUCUGAUAUAUGCAAACCAGUUCAAUUGUAUGCCAUAGAACCAACUAAUCCUACUGAUCCAACUGAUCCUACCGAUCCAACUGAUCCUACCGAUCCAACUGAUCCUACCGAUCCAACUGACCCUACUGAUCCAACUGACCCUACUGAUCCUACUGAUCCUACCGAUCCUACCGAUCCUACCGAUCCUACUGAUCCUACCGAUCCUACUGAUCCUACCGAUCCAACUGAUCCUACUGAUCCUACUGAUCCUACCGAUCCUACUGAUCCUACUGAUCCAACUGAUCCUACUGAUCCUACUGAUCCUACUGAUCCUACUGAUCCUACUGAUCCUACUGAUCCAACUGAUCCUACUGAUCCUACCGAUCCUACUGAUCCUACCGAUCCUACUGAUCCUACUGAUCCUACUGAUCCUACUGAAGAACCUACCGAACCAACUGAACCAACUGAACCAACGGAACCGACUGAUGAACCUACCGAAACCAGCGAACCUGUUGAAGAUAUUGAAAUUCCUGAGGGAGUGGAGCCUGCUCCGCUUGUCGCUGUUAGUGAAAAUGGUAUCAGAAUAUCAUUAAGAACUCUUGAAGUUUUAGAAAACGCAAAUGAUAGUGCUUCUGGCAUUCUGAAACGUGAAGACAGUAUAGCAGUUCCAGAAGUUACUUAUUUGGUGGUUGGAACUGAUGAUGAUUCUGCAUUUUACAUCCUAGAUGGCAAGCUUUACAAUAUAGAAGGUCUUGUGGCCGGUAAUGAACACUCGACAUUUAUUACCUUUGCAUCCGAGGGAGGAUUGACAGGAUUCGAUAUCUCUGAAGAUGGCGAUUUAUAUUUCAGAGGAGAUGACACAUUCUAUUAUUGCUACUUGGUUAGGGGAAAUACUACUUUCACGGCAAUUUCUCUUGAAGAUAUAGGAUCUUGUAAUGACACUUCACUUAUAUUAGAAGAUAUUAGUGCUGAGGAAGAGGAAGUCUCUACGUGGAUCACUACUGUUUUUCUCCUCACUGAAACUAGUACUAUAACCGAAUGUCCAGAGUCAGUGACCAAUUGUCCAGACUUCUCCACAAUCGUCCAUACUAUUACUACAACAUACUGUCCGGACACAGAACCUGGUCCAUAUACAAUCACUUUAUAUGCAGCAGUAGAAACCGGAGACGAAAGCGAAAGUGAAAUUCGUACAUUUAUAACUACAAUAUGUGAUACGGUAUGCGAGACAGCACUUUCUUCUUCUGUCCAACCAGGUUCCAUGGCAACAGAGAUCCCUAUUUUUAAUAGUGCUGGCACUUUAACUAGUUGGUUUGGGUUAUCUAUUGCGGCUUGUCUUAUAUUGUUACUUUGA